UUAUACUAUUAGCCUAUUUUCACUGAAGGUCGUAAAAAUACAAUAAAUUUAUAUUUUGCAGGCAGUUGAUCCGUUUGUUCUUCUCAACAAUGAAAAUGAAUAUAUAAUGGAAGUCGAAUCAGAAAGUAAUAAAGAAUUCGCUACUGAUGAAAAUAUUGUUUGGAAUGAUGGUAUUACCAACCAGGAUUUUCAGUCAUAUGAUAUCUCCUUUUCAUCGCAAGGCCUAGUUGCUGAAGAAGAGGAUAGUCUUCAAGAAUUGGCUGUCUCUGGUAAUGCAGAUAUCCCAUCACCAGGAACUUCUGUUUUGUCAUCUAACGUAGAUGACACUGAUAUUGAUAGCACAUACUGUCCUCGUUUCAACUCAGAGUCAGAACUAUCUACUGAUGAGUCUAUAGUGAGUAUUCCUAGAGUUGCUUCAAAGGUUUCAAGUGACAGUACUUCUUAUGUGAGGAGGAGCCAAAAGAUAGCUCAAGACAAAAUUCUACUGGUUCCUUACACUGAUUCGGACACGGAGGAAGAAGCAAACAAAACCAAUCCUAAUGUAAAAAAAGGAAAGAAGAGGGUGAGGAAUGAAAACAAAUGGAAAAAAUGUGUGAGGAAACAGCUAAGAGUUAGUGGAAAAAAACUAUCUUAGUGCUAAGGGAGCAGAGAUUAAAGCAAGAUCUCUGAAAUCUCCUUGCAAAUCUACUUGCCGUCUCAAGUGCUAUCAGCGCUUUACCAAAGAUCAGAGAGAAGGUAUAUUUUCAGAUUUUUGGAGAGAAGACAGAGACUGGGAUUCUAAACGUCAGUUUUGUUGUUUCCUGUAUAAGCAGCAAGCCUGUCGCUAGGUCCAGGAAGAAAGAUGGCUCAAAGGGAAACCGGGCUCAAAGUAAUAAAUUUAGUUUUCAAAUAAAUAGUUGUGAAGAAAUAGUCUGCAAAACAUUUUUCCUAAACACUCUGGCUAU